GUGGACGCGCGGUCACGUGAUGCGUCCGUGAGCCUCGCCUAGGAAAGCGCGGACGCGGUUUGAGUUGUGGGGAAAGGGGGCGGUGGGGCAAGAUGGCGGCGCACCUGUCCUACGGGCGAGUGAACCUGAACGUGCUGCGCGAGGCGGUGCGUCGCGAGCUGCGCGAGUUCCUGGACAAGUGCGCGGGAAGCAAGGCUAUAGUUUGGGACGAGUACCUGACAGGACCAUUUGGCCUGAUUGCACAGUAUUCCCUACUGAAGGAACAUGAAGUGGAAAAAAUGUUCACACUUAAGGGAAAUCGUUUGCCAGCAGCUGAUGUCAAGAAUAUUAUUUUCUUUGUCAGACCCAGGCUAGAAUUGAUGGAUAUAAUUGCUGAAAAUGUGCUCAGUGAAGACAGACGUGGCCCAGUGAGAGAUUUCCACAUUUUGUUUGUGCCACGACGUAGCUUGCUGUGCGAACAGCGGUUAAAGGAUCUGGGUGUUUUGGGAUCCUUUAUUCAUAGGGAGGAGUACAGCUUAGAUCUCAUUCCAUUCGAUGGAGAUCUCUUAUCCAUGGAAUCAGAGGGUGCGUUCAAAGAGUGCUACCUGGAGGGCGACCAGACGAGCCUGUACCACGCAGCCAAGGGGCUGAUGACCCUGCAAGCUCUGUACGGAACGAUCCCGCAGAUCUUUGGGAAAGGAGAAUGUGCUCGGCAAGUGGCCAACAUGAUGAUCAGGAUGAAGAGAGAGUUCACGGGAAGCCAGAAUUCAAUAUUUCCGGUUUUCGAUAAUCUCUUGUUGCUCGAUCGAAACGUGGAUUUGUUAACGCCUCUUGCCACUCAGCUCACGUACGAAGGACUCAUUGAUGAAAUUUAUGGCAUUCAGAACAGCUACGCGAAAUUACCUCCAGAGAAGUUUGCACCGAAGAAACAGGGUGAUGGUGGUAAGGCUCCCACAGAAGCAAAGAAGCUUCAGCUGAAUUCUGCAGAGGAGCUCUACGCUGAGAUCCGGGAUAAGAACUUCAACGCGGUGGGCUCCGUGCUUAGCAAGAAAGCAAAGGUCAUCUCGGCAGCGUUCGAGGAAAGGCACAACGCGAAAACAGUCGGGGAGAUCAAGCAGUUUGUUUCCCAGCUGCCGCACAUGCAGGCCGCACGGGGCUCCCUCGCGAACCACACCUCGAUCGCAGAGUUAAUCAAAGACGUCACUACUUCGGAAGACUUCUUUGACAAAUUAACAGUGGAACAGGAGUUUAUGUCUGGAAUAGACACUGAUAAGGUCAACAAUUACAUUGAGGAUUGUAUUGCCCAAAAGCAUCCAUUGAUCAAGGUGUUAAGGCUGGUGUGCCUCCAGUCCGUGUGUAACAGUGGACUCAAACAAAAAGUCUUGGAUUAUUACAAAAGAGAAAUUCUCCAGACGUACGGCUACGAGCACAUCUUGACCUUGUACAACCUGGAGAAGGCCGGGCUGCUGAAACCACAGACGGGUGGCAGAAACAACUACCCAACGAUUCGGAAAACGUUACGCCUCUGGAUGGAUGAUGUUAACGAACAAAAUCCCACGGACAUAUCUUACGUGUAUAGUGGUUACGCACCGCUCAGUGUGCGACUGGCCCAGCUGCUGUCCCGGCCUGGCUGGCGUAGCAUCGAGGAGGUUCUCCGCAUACUCCCAGGGCCCCACUUCGAAGAACGGCAGCCCCUGCCCACAGGACUGCAAAAGAAACGUCAACCAGGAGAAAACCGAGUCACUCUGAUAUUUUUCCUCGGGGGUGUAACCUUUGCAGAAAUUGCUGCCCUGCGAUUUCUCUCGCAGUUGGAAGAUGGAGGUACAGAGUAUGUAAUUGCUACCACUAAACUAAUGAACGGAAGCAGCUGGAUAGAGGCUCUGAUGGAGAAACCUUUCUAGGGUGUUCAAAGGAUACAGAACAAGUGUAUUGCAGGAUAAACUGCCUUUUUGAAGAAGUUGCUGAAAUGAAGUGAAACCCAUAGAAGAAACACAGGAAUACAGAAUUCACUUUGGAGUCAGCUUCUUAAGUUAUACUACUGUCUUCCCCUUUCUGUUUCUCUUUUGUGUUCCUAAUUUCUAGAAGAAGGAAGAAUAGAAGAGAAUCAACCUGGGUAAAAGAAACACUGGUUUUGAGUUUUCUAAGCCCAGGAUCUUCGUUAGAAGCUUCUGGAGGUAUAUUAGGGACGCUGGGGUGGAUAAUCCAUACAGCCACACAAAGGAGGCCAGUUCUUAAAAUAAGAAAGCUGAGACUGAGGAAGAAAAAAAUGGAAAUAAAAGUAGAAUGUCCAAAAUCUAAUACACAGUGCUGUAUUUCUUGAAGACACAUCAUGCCUAGGACAGUGGAUAAAUGUCAGGAACUAGAGAUGAUGUUAUCCCUGAGUUGAAAUUUCUUUUUCUGAAGAGUAUGGCAGAUUAUAUUUACGGUCACCAGUCUAUGUCUUAACUGAUCACUGAAGCAAGUUUUUCUGUUUCUCCUUCUUACAAAGCAAAAGGUUUAGGGGGGCUUCCUGUCCAGAAACAAAGUUUAUGCUCUGUCUGAUCGGCUCCAUCUGUGUAGGUUCCAUACUCAUGCAGGGCUUUUUACAUCGAACGACGUAAUCGUUGAGGAGCAGCAGCUUCCUGAGACCUUUAGUGUACGCGUUAUCAACUCCAGGCUGGUGCCUCCGCUGAGGUUUCCACUUUCUUUCCUGCCCAUGAUGGGCCCAACUUCCAGCUGGUCCCACUCUGAGCAGUGGUUACUCUUGUUUCCUCAGCAUCUUCUGACUCCGUCUCCGUGGCAGCUACCCCAUGUGCUUUUCUGGCAGCCUGCGGCCACUCUGUACUCAGCCUCUUGUAUCUGUUUUGCUUGAAAACACGAAGCUGUUUCAGUCCCUGGUCUGUGAUCUCAGCCUUCUCUGGUGUAUCUCAUCGAUGAUAUUGGAGUCCAGCAGCCACAGCUGCUGCUCCUGCAGGGAUCUGUCAGGCGGGCCGUGGUAGAGAGCAGGGUUGUUGGUGGAGAAGUUGGAGAACCAUGUGUGCUUGCUUCCCCCCUGCUCCAUCCCAGUGUCUGGAGGAGUUGGGGGAACCAAGGAGACCAAGUCAAGGUCAUGGCUUCACUGCCCAAGUCUCCAGCAAAAUUAGUGCCCUGCUUUGCUCUGUCCCACCAGGUGUGGUUUGUGUUGUAACUUGGUAACCACACAUGGUUUUUCCUCACUUUUCUCAUCAGUGGAUUCUUAUGAGUGAAAGAGAAAUUCUAUAUUUUUAAAAAAUUUCUUUAGUAUAAGCAGGAAGGGUGGCAGGAGCAAUAUUUAAAAGAUUUGUUUCUCAUGGACUUAAUUUGGCCUUGACAGUCAGUAUUUGAAAAUGUCUUAAAGAAAACCAUUCUUGUUUUAGAAAAUCCUUUUUCAAAUACUUGUUAUCCCAGGGAGAUUAGUUUAUACCUUCCAGCCCCAGCAGUUGUCAGCCUCAGCUGCUUCAGAGAAUGAAAUCCACCUUGUCCCCCAAUGUUUUUGGCUCAUGGGAUUCAAUUCAAGUCUGGUCAAGUCUCCUUGGCUGGGGUUUUUGUCCUGUGAACAGAUACUCAGUUGUAGUCUCAUGUGUCUACAUUCACUUGUGACUCUAUACUUGCUUGCUCAGAGCAUAGCCAGGUCAGCUCCUAAAAAUGCAUUCAGCAGACUUUAAAACAUCAAUUGCUUCAUUUGUAUGUAAAUACAGGGUGGUAGAUAAUUAUAUAUUAUACGCCUUUGUGUAAGUUCAUUUAAUACUUGAAGCAGUCUUUGUCUCAAACCCUUACUGAGAAAGGGUAUGUGAAUGGUACAUUGAUUCUUGGAGAGGGUGGAUUAUUUACAUCAUGUCUGGACUUUUGUCUAGUUGUGUAGACAGUUCUGCUACACCAGCAGUCUGCUUAAUAAAGGAGUCUACAUAGACA